ACGAAGCUAACUGGAUAGUUAUCAGACACCUGACCUGAGCUGAGCAAACUACUCCAAAAAAGAACCCAGCAGCCAGAUAAUCCAUGGCGCUCUCGACCGCGGAGGAGAAGACGGCGGCGGAGAUCGUCGCCGCUCUGGAUCUGCAGCGCCACCCCGAUGGCGGGUUCUACCUGGAGACCUUCCGUGACCCCUCAAUCGCACUCCCCACGUCCGGUCUCCCACCCCGCUAUAAGGUUGACCGUGCCGUGAGUAGUGCCAUCUAUUUCCUACUGCCUGCUGGGGAGAUCGCUAGGUUGCACCGUAUCCCUUGUGCUGAAACCUGGCAUUACUACCUAGGAGAACCUCUCACGGUAUUUGAGGUGCAUGAUGAUGGACAAAUCAAGACGACUGUCGUUGGUCCUGACCUGCGGCAGGGCCAGAGACCACAGUACACAGUUCCUCCAAACAUAUGGUUUGGGGCCUUCUUGACCUGCGACAUUGAAUCCUUUACUGAAGAUGGAAGUGUAUUUGUCAAGACUCCCGGAAGAGACCCUGAACUGCAUUAUUCGUUUGUUGGUGUAACCUGCGCCCCAGCGUUCCAGUUUGAGGACAAUGAACUUGCAACACGUGAGGACAUUAAAGCUUUGGCUCCUAAGGCAGAAGCUUUCAUCAAUUACCUCGUGCCAUCUUAGACUGCCCAGUGCAAUUAGUCUGUUCUUCAUGCUGUCCUAAGCACAUAUUUCAUUUAGAAGAGAGUUCAUGAUGAACUUCAUGUGCCGAUUUGUCAAGUAGCUGUUGAAAAUCGCUGUAUGGUAUCCAGACGACUUAUACUCGCAAAAUCAGUUCUGUAUGGAAGUUGAUGUUCCUGUUAUAGUUUGCCAUGAGGAUUUCAUUC